CACAUCCUCGAAACCGCAGACAACUCGUUCCGUUGCCUGCAUCAUAUUGACCUGCCAAACUUCUCUUGGAAUCCUCGUCAUCUCCGAUCAUAAUGUCGGCACCGCAAGACACAAUCCCACCCAAUGGGUCUGACCUCAACGAGGCCCUCGACCAGCUUAACCUCGGCGACAACGAGCCGCGCCUGGGCCCGGACGGAGAGCCCGCGCCGAAGACAGACGAAGAGUAUGCCCAGACACAGCUGACUUUGCGCGCGAUUGUCUCGUCAAAGGAGGCUGGCGUCAUCAUUGGGAAGGGCGGAAAGAACGUGGCCGACUUGCGCGAUGAAACCGGCGUGAAGGCCGGCGUUAGCAAAGUUGUCCAGGGUGUCUACGACCGGGUCCUGACCAUCACCGGUGGCUGCGAGGCUAUCUCGAGAGCCUACAACGUUGUUGCCCGCGCCCUGUUGGAAGGCGCACCCACAAUGGGCAUGGGCGGAGUUGUUCAGAGCAAUGGCACACACCCAAUCAAACUUCUCAUCUCUCACAACCAGAUGGGCACCAUCAUUGGCAGGCAAGGUCUCAAGAUCAAGCACAUCCAGGAUGUGUCGGGCGUGCGCAUGGUGGCGCAAAAAGAGAUGCUGCCGCAGUCGACCGAGCGGAUAGUCGAGGUUCAAGGCACCCCCGAGGGCAUUCAGGUCGCCAUCUGGGAGAUCUGCAAAUGCCUGGUGGACGAUUGGCAACGGGGCACUGGCACCGUUCUGUACAACCCAGUCGUCCGGACUCAGGCUGCUGGCGCCGCGCCAGGCGCUCCCGGAGGCAGCAGCUUUGUGCAGGACAGGGCCCCGUACGGCGGCUCGCGUGUGACGCGGACAGGUAACGGCGCUGACUUUAGCAACGGUGGACCCCGGCCUUAUACCCGCCGUUCGGACUCUGACGCUGCCGCUCGUGGCCCGCCGACUCACGAUGAGAAUGGCGAAGAGAUUCAAACGCAGAACAUCAGCAUCCCUGCCGACAUGGUUGGCUGCAUCAUUGGCCGUGGCGGCUCCAAGAUCAGCGAGAUCCGCAAGACGUCAGGGGCCCGCAUCUCCAUUGCCAAGGCUCCUCAUGACGAGACGGGCGAGCGGAUGUUCACCAUCAUGGGCUCGGCUAAGGCCAACGAGACGGCAUUGUACCUCCUGUACGAGAACCUCGAGGCUGAGAAGAUGCGCCGGCAACAGCAGGCUGCCCAAACAUCCGAGUAGAGUGCGGAUGAGGGUAGACGGAACUAUAGGCUGUAAGAAAACCGGACAUGUUGUAACCGAUGGAGUUGCGCGAGUGGGAUCAUUAGCAGCUGCCCAACCACGCCCUCCAGGGUUAUUGGUUUGGGUCAGUUUUGGCAGCCCCUCGUCACGGGUCAUUCACCAGAUCUGGCUGCCGCAAGGCGUUAUUAUUCAA